CACCGCGGCCUCGCAACCCCGUCGCCCGCCGCAGAGAUGAGUGCAGCCCCGCUGCGGCGGCCGCUGCACAUCCUCCUCGACCUCAGCGGCACGCUGCACAUCGGCGACACGCCCACGCCGGGCGCCGUGGCGGCGCUGGGCCGCCUGCGCGCCUGGCUCGCCGGCGGCUCGCAGCAGCAGGGCGGCAGCAGCGCGACACCAGCGCGCGGCUCGCUGCGCUUCUGCAGCAACACGACCAAGGCCAGUCCGGCCAAGCUGCGCCAGACGCUGCUGGCCGCCGGCUUUGCGCCGCACGACGUGCCCGAGGCGGCGCUGUACACGAGCCUCAGCGCCGCGGCGCGUGCGCUGGCGCAGCUGCGGCAGCCGGCGCUGCUGCUCCUCUCGCCGUCGGCCAUGGAGGUGGUGCACGACGAGCCCGGCACCGAGCACUUCCGGCCCAGUCCCAAGCGCCUGCCGGCGGAGCUCGACGCACAGGAGCGCCGCCGCCUGGAGGCCUGCACGGCCGUCGUCGUCGGCCUGGCGCCGGAGCUCAUGCGCGCAGAGUGGCUCGACGAGGCCUUCCGCGUGCUCAGCGGCGAGUAUGCCAGGCCGGGCGAGCCGAGCGUGGAGCGGCGCAUCAUCGCGACGCACAGAGCCAACUACUUCCGGCCAGCGCCCGACGCGCCGCUCUCAAUGGGCCCUGGGCCGUUCAUCACGGCGCUCGAGACGGCCGCGCGCAUCGACGCAAAGCGCACGCAGGUCUGCGGCAAGCCCACGGCCGAGUUCUUCCAGGGCUGUCUGCGCGAGAUGCGCGGCGCCGAGCCGCUCGAGGGCGAGCGCAACAUCGUAAUCGGCGACGACGUGGAUGCGGAUCUCGGCGACGGCGCCGUGGCGUUGGGCCUGGAGCGCGUGCUCGUCAAGACGGGCAAGUACCGCGACGGCGACGAGAAGCGCGGCGCAAAGCCGCCAGACGCGCUGCACGACAGCUUCGCUGCCUGGGUCGACAGCCUGCUCAGCCAGGAGAGCGGGCAAUGAGAGUCGUAUUUUCCGCAGAGAGAUGGCGCACGGCAGGGGUAUGAGAAGGCAAGUGAGGGUGG